ACAGGAGUAAUGUUUUGUCUGGGUUAUUUUACGCAUUGUCGCGUCAUGUUGAAGGUUUAAAUCACCCCCAAGUCUGUUUUGAGCCUUGCCGCAUUUCUUCUACGGCAUUCCAGAACUACUUGUCUCGCGCCUGACUUACAGGGUUUCAUACUACACUAGUCUUGUGCGCAUCAGUCCAACAAACAAACCUCGCAGUCGUCGUCGAUCAAACAUGAACUCCGCUACCUUUUUAUUUUUCCUUCUGGUUAUCUCCUUCGUGCGGAGUGAAAUACCUUUUUCUACAAGCAUGGGUAAUCCGCGCAACUAUCCAUUUGGGUUGUUGCGUCGACACAAGAUUACUAAAAUGCAACCAAAGGACCUGGUGGAUGAAUGCCGUGAUUGCCAACCUUUCCCUACACCAGCAGAUCUCGAUGUCUCUCGUUUAACGAAGCUGAUUGGUGGCACGCUGGACUACAACCUUGUAUCYAUAAUCAAACCAACUAAUUUUAGCUCAUCAACACAAGAUACACUGCAUACGAAGACGGAAGCGUUAAGAGAUUUGAUCAUCAACAGCACAAAAGAAAUGAAGAUCAAUGGAGGGACUCUCUCUAAAGACCAGCAACAGUUUCUCGUUAGUUGGCUCCAGGUUUUCUCAAGUUGUUCGCUAAGAAAAGUGUGGAAAGACAUGGGUCCCUUCUCUUGGCCAAGAUACAUCAAGAGAGCUUAUUGUGAGUCGAAGAGGUGUUCAUUGGUGCCAACGAUGCAGUGUUUGCCAUCUUCACGCCGCUUCUUUCCUGUUCUUCGCUGGUAUUGCCUCAGUGCCGCCUCCGCUAGCCUUUAUCCUCAAAGCGUGAGGAAAAAUUUGACGAAAAGAAAUGGUUUCUUGUGCCGCUGGAUCAGAUAUAACCAACCAAUCACAACUGGAUGUUCAUGUGGCUGUCAAUCAUAAUAUACCCAUAUAUGGACAUACUGUCAAACAUUAUACCCAUAUAUGGACAUGCUAUCAAACGAUGUACCCAUUCCUGGACAUGCUGUCAAUCAUAAUGUACCCAUAUAUGGACAUAUACCUAAUCAAUCACAAUUACUGGUUCAUGUGACUAUCAAUCAUGGACCGAUAAAGACAACCAAUCUGUCAAUCAUAUUAUACCUAUGUGAAGCUCCUGACAGGGUUUGUCCAAUAUUAUUAAUAUUAUUAUUGUUAUUAUAUUAACCUUAUUCAAGAUAUUUUAGUGUGACUUUUGGAAAGGGGUUAUUGAUGCUGUAUUUUUCAGGCCUAUUGUUGAGGGAUUUUACAUUGGACUUUUUGUGUUUAUUAUAUAGACUCCGUCUGUAAAUACUGUAAUACCGUUGAUACCAACCGCACUCCGCUUUUCAACAGACAAAUAUUAUUUAUGUUAGAAAGAUACUUUAGAAAGUUUAAGAAUGAUCCAUCCACUCAAUUAGUUUUGCAAUCAUACCCAAGAAAAAUGAAAUCACAAGACCUUAUCCAGCAAAAUAGCAGAGCAUCCACUGGUAUUCUGAAGGUCAUGGGUCUCAUUCCUAUCAGGGACUCUUUUCUUAGUUCUUUUCAGCUAGUGACAAAUAAUAAAUAAUUUCUAUAAGGGGAAAAUAUGUUCUUGGAUUCAACCAUCACUGCUAUAAAAAUAGUAUUUCAUUUACUCUACUUGAAUUCUAAUACUUCAUACCAACCCCAUGGCCAGCUCCCACGUGUUUAAUCACUUGACCCCACCCGUAAAUGUACUCAUUCUAUUUCAUUAAAAGCAUUGUUACUCUUUAUCCUACUAAGUGCUGUAUACUGCUAUGGCAAAGUAUUAUUGCUUAUCAAAAAUAUAAAUAUAUAUCUCGUUACAUUUUUAUUAAAAGUUGAAUACACACUUAU